AUGUUAUUACCUCGUUUUCAAAUACUGCUCUUCCUUUUCAUUCCGGUCGUUCUAGGAAAUCUCGUCGACGACCUUCUUAAUGCACUCGAAGAGGCGGUUACAUGUGGAGGGUGCCACGCGCUCCUGGGACCACUCAAGUUACUCGCUGACUUUGGAGAUGGCGUGUUCGUGGAUGUCGUCACAGAUAUAUGCACCUUGCUCAAUGGCUUCCAGUUAGCAGAUGACGAUGUCUGCGAAGGACUCGUUAAUCAGCAAGGCCCUAUCGUGGCGCACGCUAUCAGAGCGAUAUCUGCAACUUCCCAGACCUCAACCAAACUUUGUGGCAUCGUGGGCCUCUGCGAUCCUCCAGACGUUAACGCGUAUAGCAUCUCUUUCGCAUCGAACACAUCGACCGCCAAGCCGAUAACUUCACAAGGACGCGAGACGUUCAGGGUAGCCCAUAUCAGUGACGUUCACAUCGACAGAUCAUACACGGUUGGUGCCGACGCAAAUUGCACCAAACCCAUAUGCUGCAGAAACUACGCCGAUUCUGCAGGUGAUGCAAUCCAAAGACCUGCGGGUACAUUUGGGGAAUACGGCUGCGACACGCCCGCGACUCUGAUACACUCCUUAAUAUCGCAGAUUGCUGGAUCCGGCAGUGAAUUUACUAUCUUCACCGGGGAUGUCGUCGAGGCUGCCGUAUGGCUGGUAACUGAGGAGGAAAAUAUCAAUGACAUCAAUACAUUCAACGACGAGCUUGCGAAUGGUUUGGGUAUGCCCGUGUAUCCGGUCAUUGGAAAUCAUGAAGCCGCUCCCAUGAACAGCUUCCCCAGGAACACUUCGGUGAAUAUCGAGGAAUGGGAUGCCCAAUGGGUCUUUGAUACUACGAGUGCGAAAUGGACUUCCUGGAUCAAUUCGACGGCGUCAGACCAAGUUAAGCACUACUCGGGCAGCUAUUCGAUUGUAGCUCCGGGAAAGAAUCUACGUAUUAUAUCUAUUAAUACCGUCUACUGGUACAGACUAAAUGAAGACCUGGACAGGCCCGAUCCGAACGGAAUCUUAGAGUUCACUGCGCGGGAGUUACAGGCAGCGGAAGACGCAGGACAACGAGCAUGGAUCAUUGCGCACAUGCCCCCUGGAGAGACUGACACACUCCGCGAUCAGUCCAACUAUUAUGAUCAGAUAGUCCAGCGGUACAAGGAUACCAUCGCAGCUCAGUUCUUCGGACAUACCCAUGAUGACCAAUUUGAGAUCGCCUACUCCGACUAUAGCAAUCGAGUCGCUGACAACGCUGUCAGUGUUGCAUGGAUCGCACCUUCGGUGACGCCAAGAGACGCGAACGCUGCGUUCAAGAUCUACGACAUAGACCCAGAUACGUACGAGGUUAUGGACGCGCAUGUCUAUAUCACCAAUCUUAGUGAUCCAACUUUCGAGAUCCAGCCGACCUGGGAUAUCUACUACAGUGCUCGUGAGACCUUUGGUCCCUUGGUACCCGACCUCGCCGACACAGAUCCCCUUGGUCCAUCAUUCUGGCACCAGGUUACUGAAGGAUUCGAAUCGAAUGAUACAGCCUUUGAUCUGUACUACUCUUUCAAGACUCGGGGUUAUGAUGUAGGGGCUUGUGAUGAUGACUGCAAGGCAGAGACCAUCUGUGGGUUAAGGGCAAUGCGGUCCCAGGAUAACUGCGCCAAAACGGAACCCGGGCUGAGCUACAAGAGAGGCCUGCCGGGUCAAUCAAUGGGGGCUUCGGAGGGCUGCGAAGGCUUUAGCAUGGGAAACAUCUUGGCCGGAAUGGUUGGAAAAUUUGCAAAUGGGGAGGUGAGCGAUUAUUAUCAACUUUUGUGCUUACCACGAGCCACCGCCUAA